GACGAGCAGUGCAUAUUCCACGCGACACUGCGAACGUUCUCAGUUCUUCGACGCCGAUGCACAGUCCCGAUCUUUCCCCAAGGAGCCAGUACCUUCUUGCGACAUAGCACUCUUUGAGAAGUAUUUGAAGGAAAAGACGCCGACAGGCCCUCGCACCUUCCACAGAGGGUACAGGCUUGCCGUCGUGUCUGGCCCGCAUACCCGGACCUUGAGCGGGAUCAAUCUUCCCUGGACCCCACAGCAACCGAUCCCAUAUGGCUUCCUCCGAGGUGAAGGUGGCGACCCAGCCCUCCUGCUAAAGUGCGACAAUGGGCGCUACAAGGGCAGCAUGGUGCUGUCCUUCAAGGACGAAGCUGAGCGUCUGAACUUCCAUACGCUCCUCACUGGCACGGCGGUGCAGAACGAUGAGACCAUUUACGCAGACGUCCCAUUAGUAGGCUAUACCCUGAGCCACUCUUUGGACGACUCCAAAGGAUUGCCCGGCAUCACCAAGCUUCCUUGGCAAUCGGUCCGUGUCAUCAAUGAUGACCACGGAGGUGACGAUAUGCCGCCAACGGUGCUCUCCGACAAGCUGAGAGUGAUUGUCGAUUCCAAGGUGGGCACGAUUGCCGACCGCGUCAACGUUGAGACGGGCGAACUCCGGGUCAGGCUGGAGGUCAGUGAUGCCAAGACACUUGUCGUAUUGAGGCGGCCUCAGAACGACGUGACGAUGGCUGUAUCCGAUUCUCAAGUCGGCCGGGAAAGUCCGAAAGAAAUGGAGCAGACUUUGCAGAUGUUGCAGACGACACAGUCCAUCCGGACGUUCAAGUUCCCCAGCUUGAAGGAUCUUCACGCCUUCCAAGCAGCCCUCACGGGGUUCCAGGUCAAAUAUGACAGUCUUGCCGUUGGGUUUUCCAUUACCCGCCGGCGAAUGGUGGUUCCUGUUCAUAAAAAAUGGGAAGCCGGCUGGACGCGAGUCCAGGUGGUGCAGCAGGACACAGUUCCACAGCUACUCGCCUUCUUCCCCGACUUCAAGCAUGGACAAUGCAUGAACUUUGUUCUCAAAGGAACAGAUGUCUAUGAAACGUUCUCUCGCAGCGGCAAAUUCGGUCUUCGAUUCGUCGACGCCAAGUUUCCGCUCCCACGCAUGCCAGUUGAUAACGAAGGUCCCACAGACGACAUGGGCUUUAUAUGUCUCGAUUUCCCAGACUUGCCUGGAGAACAUGACGAUGUUUCGUUCCUAUUCGAGAACGAAGCCGAUCGCGAACGCCUGUGCCAGUGUCUUCCGGCACCUGUGAAGGGCGGGUCCCGGCUCGCUAGCAAGAUCAAUUUUUAGGGUAGAAUGUGAGUGCUGAAGCGACAUGAUAUCAGACACAGCAUGGCAUAUGGUCAGCGACAAGGAUGUAUUUGGAUUGACAGACGGGACCUGUGGCAAAACCCUGUCUCGUAGGUGAGGGGGCGGAAUGCGAGAUACCCUCGUCGUGCGUGCAGUAGAGAACUGCUUGUCAUGAUGGAUGAUUGCAGCAAAAGACGCUCCACCGCCUGGUUGGGCGCGGAUAGGCGUACGAAGGUCUGAAGCAACAUUGAGGCCAACUGAAGGCUUUCUAAAAUCCA